GAUGCGUUUUAGUUUAGUUUCAGUCAGUUCACUACUGCUGCUGCUGUCGACGUCGGCGACAGCGCUGCUGUCGGGCAAAACAGCGCAGCAGGGCGAUUAUCCCUAUGCGCUGAGCUUGCAACGCUAUGGCGCGCAUAUCUGCAACGGCGUCUUGCUGAGCGCACGCACCGCUCUGACUGCCGCUCACUGCGUGACCGCCGGCCAGGGCAUUGAAACCUAUCCAGCGCGCAGCUUCCAGGUGCGCGUGGGCAGUCCGCAGCGUUCGGCGGGCGGCGUUUUGGCGCAGGUGGAGAGCUUUGUGGUGCAUCGCAGCUAUGCGGGCGGGCUCAAUGACUUGGCGCUGGUGCAGCUCCAGCAGCCGUUGACCCUCACGCCGCAGAUUCAACCCAUCGCUGUGGCGAAGCAGGCGCCGGCCACGGACUCUGCUCUGAGCUACGUGGGCUGGGGCUCAACGGCGGCGCAGUCGAGCGCGCUCAGUCAGUCGCUGCAGUCGGGCAGCCUGAAGACGGUGAGCGCCGCCGACUGUGAGAAGCAGCUCUAUCUGGCCGAUGCUGGGCUCCUCUGCUUGGCCUCUGCGAAGGACCAGGGCAUGUGCCUGGGGGAUGCGGGUGCUCCGGCGGUCUUCGACAAGCAGCUCGUGGGCAUUGGCGCCUUCUACGUGCAAGGCUGUGACAGCACCUUGCCCAAUGGCUUCAUGAGUGUGGCCCACUAUUCCGAGUGGAUCGAGACACAUAUACGCUGAGUCCUUUAACUGUUAAAUACACAUAUUCUGUUUUUUUUUUUUUGUAUUUAUUUCUUACGUAAAAUCACUUAAGUCGCAACAACAAAGAUUAU